ACUCCAGCACCCGCUCAGCAAAAGACGGACAGCAAGGGCCAAGCAACGUUUGGUCAACCUACUGUGAGCGCAACCAAGUAGGUGGAAUAUGAACAUAAGUCUUCUUGUGCCCCUGUUCCUGCCUCUUACUUGAUAGUUCUUACCCCAGUCCUUAACGAACGUUACUGAGUCAAACAAAAGCUUUCUUUACUUUGUAUACCAUCUCCUAAUCCUGCUACUCGACAAUUUGAAUUUCCUCUUAAUGGACGCCUCUGUUAGUGGGACACCUAGAGUUGGUCCCUACAGUUCUUCAGUCAUUUUCCUUCGACUCUCAAUAAGAUGGACACAUCUCUAAAAGUUGGUCUCUUUAGUUCUUCAUUCAUUUUCUUUGAUUCUGUAUAAGACGGACACCUUAAAACGGACACCUAGAGUUGGCUCCUGCCAUUCCUCAUUCGGACACCUCAUUCGGACAACCAUUCUUCAUAUAUUUUCUUUAACUCUCUAUAAGACGGGCACGCCCCUAAACCGGAUACCAAGAGUCUGUCUCCUCCCUUCUUCAGUCAUUUUCUUUCAGUUUGACUCUUUAAGACGGACACCUCCCCAAAAAAGAAAUCGAGAGUCGGUCACUACCAUUCUUCAUUUAUCUUCCUUGACUCUCUAUAAGACGAACACUUCACUUAAACGGACACUAAAUGCCGGCAUACACUUGGUGCCGAUCAAAAAAUAUCCCUCUGUCGACUUUAAGAGCCCCAACCUUGGCAUUUCUUAGGAACAACCUCUUCUUCGGUCAUAACUUUUAAGUGUGUAAAAUAACUUGGGGUAACGUGUGUUUGGAAAUCAGGGGAAUGUAUGGAAUAAGAAUCAAAGCUCUUCUUGGAAGAACUGCAUUGGAUGCGCCUACGAUAAGCGUGAGGUAAGUUCUGUGAAGUAGAUCAACACACAUUUCACAAUAACUCAGUGAUUUGGUCGAGAGCUCUGAUUUAUGAGGGUUUAGACCUCUCAAAUGACUCCAAAUGUGUAAAACUUUAGUGGAACUGCGAACUGCACUCCAGUGGUUUCACUGUAGCGUAUUAAAGAUUUUCACGUUAUCUCUGUGGUCUGUAAGAGUAUGGACAAUGGAAAAUUGUUGUUUAUUCGCCGAAAUAUUCCAUAUUUUGUAUCAACAGCGAUGUUGAACGUCGCAUUUAAAGCAAAAGGAAACGGCAGAGACCGUGACCAAUUUUCGCGCUAUAAAUGGACUAUUGAAUUCGCUUUUGCCGUUUUUGGAGAUAGCUAGUACAUCGCUUAGGAGUGAAUAUAGUACAUACGUUAGCGCAAGCGUUGGAAGAAGUCUGACGCGUCAAAGCUACUUGCGAUCGCUUUUCUCAAGUUAGUGCUUUUGAUACUGUAAUUUCCUGUGGUACCUACCCGCCACGACUAGCUGUACCUAUUUGCGGGUAGUUAUAUCUGUACUUUCAUAUUCUAAUGAUAAAGUUAUUGUAGCUGUUAUAUGUUUGCAUUUCAGAGUGGAGCCUGACCCAUCAAAGGCUGUAAAUCUUAACGUCACGUUUGAUUCUAAUGCACCUUGUGUCGUUGGAGAGUUGUUACCAAGUAAGUGAGACCAUUUAGAUUGCCAGUAGUCUGGUAGGACUGUUGCGCAGGCAAGUGUAUCCCAUGCAAGCAAACGGGUUUCCAGUUUUGCCGUCAGUCAAAACUUGCCCUCUCCAUAGGCUGGAUUUCCACCGCUAUCUCGCGUCCGGUCGAGGUCGCAAGCUCAUAACGGACCUUAAGCAACGACGACGGCGACCUCAACGAGAACGGCAAAAAACAAUAAGGUUUAGAUUGGCAAAACAACAACCUUGCGCGUGCAUCACCUUUUUUUUUUUGUACAUUUCUUUGCUGUCGUUGCACGAGUGCGACGUGAAACUUCCUAAUUUGACGUGAAGAUAAGACACCGAUUUUCUUUUUUUUUUUUUUUCGUGAACUCAGACACAGUCCUUUAGAAUUCAACUCCUUAAAAAAAUAGCCAUCAUUUGACAAAUUAAAAGAGUUGGGAUAAGAGAAAUGAAGUUUGAAACAGCGCGAAUUCACUUUUUGGGUGACGUUUUCUCCGCCGUUGCCGUCGUCGUUGCUUAAGCUCCCUAGUUACCGAACAGCGACUGAUAAUCGAGUCUAGACUACGAGUAGUUCCCAUUUUUCCUCAGGGAUAGUAGAGCGAGCGAAACGCGAGCGCGCGUGAAAAUCACCUCACGCGAGAAAAGCGAGACGGGGCUACUGACGGGUUAAGACCGCAUUGCAGGUCAAGUACUAUGUCUAGUGCAUUUUAACCAUUUAAUCCCCAAGAGCGACCAAAAUCCAUUUUUUCCGAUCAAUAUCAAGACAUAAUCAAGAGAAAACGUUAUGAGAAAUAAUAAAAUGAUCAACUAAGGGAAAAUGCUGUGAUUUUUUUCUCCAUUUUCAGCAGCAUCUGACUGAUAUUAGCUAUAGGAAAUUCUCAUCCAAAACGGAAGGUGAUAUGCAAGGAUUUGGUCGAUUAGCACCCUCUGGGAUUUCAGACCUACAUGGUGGCAAUUCUCCCAACUAAGUCUCAAGGGAAAUGUAUGGAGAUCAGUAUGGAGAGUUGUGGGUGGAUAUCGAGGCUUAAAUACACUUGGCUAUGUCUUUCUGUGCAUUGCGCUCAGCAUUGUGUGACCAAAUUCCGGGUGUUUGGAGAUUUAUAGGAUUUUACUUUAACCUGAAUCUGAGUUCUAACCAUACAAAUUCAACUUUAAAGCAGUUUGGUCACGUUAGGCCAUUGAUAUAUUGAACGCUUUUAUCUAAAAAUUUGAUUGACUCAUUCCGUGGGUGGGCUGCAGGUUGGGGAAUGUUUUGUCCCUCAAACUAACCUACUGUCCUGCGUUUCAGCUGUUUCAGCCCAUGUCGUUGGAGAGGACGAGGCUGUAAUGAAAGCAGCAAGUGCUAAGGACAUAGUGUUGAAGAUAUGGCACUCUAAGGACGGUCCAGUAUCAGACAAGCCCCCAGCCAGGGUAUGUUAUACUAGCCUGUUUUCUUUCAAAUCACAUAGUAACUGGGUUUCACAAUAUAUGCACUGUAAA